GGAGGGGGCGCGGCGGCUCUGGAGUCCGACGCUCCCUCAGGCCUCCGACGCGAUGCUGGCUGCUGCGGGUCAGGCGCUGAGGCUGGCGGGCAUGUGACGAGCGGUUCCUCGCCUCACCUCUCGUCCUCGGGCCUGCGGGUCACUGGGCGACCCCUCAGCCGGACUGCGGCCGAGAAGGCAGCGCGUCCUUUGCACGACUCUGUCAAAUUUUAAGAACAAAUGCACCUUAUAGCUCAUGGAAGAAAAAACACAAAUCAAGACAUUUUUGGGCUCCAAGUUGCCAAAAUAUGGAACAAAAUCUGUGCGAAGUACACUGCAGCCGAUGCCAAAUGGGACUCCUGUUAAUCUAUUAGGAACUUCCAAGAGUAGUAACUUUAAAAGUUACAUAAAAAAUAAUGGCUCUGAUUGUCCACCAUCCCAUUCAUUGAAUUGGAGAAAAGUAAAUAAAUACCAAUUUAUCGCACAAAAUGCUGAAGAGCCUAACAGUACUCAAAAUCCACACGAUAAAUUAAUUGAUCCUGGAAAACAUGCUUCUACUCAAGUAAUGUUUGAUAAAAAUGGGAUAAAAGGAGGUUUGAAAAGUGUUUCUGUAUUCACAUCAAAGUUAGCAAAGCCAUCCACUAUGUUUGUGUCAUCUACAGAGGAGUUAAACCAAAAGUCUUUUUCUGGACCAUCUAAUUUUGGUAAAUUCACUAAAGGCACAUUAUUAGGAAGGACUUCAUAUUCUUCAGUCAGUGCUCCAAAAUCGCAGUUGAAUGGAUUUUAUGGAAAUCGAUCUGUUGGUAGCAUACAAAGGCCUAGAGCAAACUCCUGUGCCACCAGAAGCAGUUCUGGAGAAAGCUUAGCACAAUCUCCAGACAAUAUUAAAUCUAUUACUUGUGAAAAAAUGGUAAGGUCACAAAGUUUUUCACAUUCCAUUCAGAAUUCAUUCCUUCCGCCUUCAUCUAUAACCAGAUCACAUUCCUUCAACAGAGCCGUAGAUCUUACAAAGCCUUAUCAGAACCAACAGCUACCCAUUAGAGUGCCUCUACGGUCAGGUAUGCUAACAAGAAAUUCUCAGCAGUUAGAAGUACUCAAUGGGAAUGAACAUUUGGGGUGUGGAUUUAGUAGGCCUUUUGCUGCUGGUGGAAAGAAGCUGGCUUUACCAAAUGGCCCAGGUGUAACUUCCACUUUGGGUUAUAGGAUGGUUCAUUCCUCUUUGCUGAAAUCUAGCCGACCUCCAUUUUCUGGGACAAUCACAGUUGAUAGUAAUAAAAAUUCACCUGCUGACACACGUAUAGAGGAAGAUGCUACAGUUUUGGCUAAACACAGAGUUACAAAUAAGGACCAAGAACUAAUUGAAAAUGAAAGCUAUAGAGCAGAAAACGACCAGACCAUGAAGCAUGAUGCUAAAAUUAGAUAUCUGAGUGAUGAUGUAGAUGACAUUUCCUUGUCUUCUUUGUCAUCUUCUGAUAAGAAUGAUUUAAGUGAAGACUUUAGUGAUGAUUUUAUAGAUAUAGAAGACUCUAACAGAACGAGAAUAACUCCAGAGGAGAUUUCUCUCAAAGAAGAAAAGCAUGAAAAUGUACCACCAAAGGAUGUAUUUGAUGCCCCCAAGGAAAAUGAAAAAUCCUUCAGUAAAACUGAUGAAUGGAUAGAUAUAAGUGUCUCUGACAGGAGUGAAUGUACAAAACAUACUUCUGGGAAUAACUUGAUUUCACCAGAUACAGAUUACAGAGCUGGUUCUUCAUUUGAACUUUCUCCAUCUGAUAGCUCUGAUGGAACAUACAUGUGGGAUGAAGAGGGCUUGGAACCCAUUGGAAAUGUCCAUCCGGUUGGGAGCUAUGAGUCCUCCGAAAUGAACAGCAUAGAUAUUCUGAAUAAUCUUGAAUCAUGUGACCUCGAGGAUGAUGACCUUAUGCUUGAUGUGGAUCUGCCUGAGGAUGCACCUCUUGAAAAUGUGGAAUGUGACAAUAUGAACCGCUUUGACCGACCAGACAGAAAUGUUCGGCAGUCUCAGGAAGGAUUUUGGAAAAGGCCGCCCCAGAGGUGGAGUGGACAGGAACACUACCACCUCAGCCAUCCUGACCAGUAUCAUCACCAUGGGAAAAGUGACUUGAGUAGAGGCUCUCCCUAUAGAGAAUCUCCUUUGGGUCAUUUUGAAAGCUAUGGAGGGACUCCCUUUUUCCAGGCUCAGAAGAUGUUUGUAGAUGUACCAGAAAAUACAGUGAUACUGGAUGAGAUGACCCUCCGGCACAUGGUCCAGGAUUGCACUUCUGUAAAAACUCAGUUGCUCAAACUGAAACGUCUGCUGCAUCAGCAUGAUGGAAGUGGUUCAUUGCAUGAUGUUCAGCUAUCAUUGCCAUCUAGUCCAGAACCAGAAGAUCGUGAUCAGAUAUAUAAGAAUGAAGAUUUAUUAAAUGAAAUAAAACAGCUUAAAGAGGAAAUAAAGAAAAAAGAUGAAAAAAUCCAACUGUUAGAACAUCAGCUUGCAUCUCAGUAUAACUGCCACCAAAAAUCUAAAGAGGAAAAAUGCACAUAUGCUGAUAAAUACACCCAAACACCAUGGAGAAGAAUUCCUCCUCAAGUACUACAGCCUUCCAGCAGCCUUCCCAGACCCACAGACCACGCCCAGGGAAAACUAAUAAAGCCACAACAUAUCGAGGCCCACAGUGAAUGUGCAGUCCAAGGCAUGUGUCAGGAUGUUGCACAUCUGGAUAGAAGCUUUACACAAGGCUUGCAACAAGAAAGCAACUGUGGUUUGGAAGACCGGCCUUACUCAUCAAACCCACAGUCCACGAUGGAUUGGUCUAAGAGAACACCUUUGGAAGCAAACUUGAAUAUGACCGUGAAUGCUCAAGAGCCUUAUCAUUUGGCAAGUAAUCAAAUUAGUGACAUGCAGUUUGUACCCACUUCUCUUCAGACACCUCCCCAGUCAAGUGCAGUAGUCCAGGCUAAGAGAGUUGGAAGAAAUCAGUCUCCUCCAGUGGGCUACACGUCUCAGCCCAAGUCCUUGCAGCUUUUAAAACCGUCCAGCUUGAAUUCUUUGGCACCUCCUCCAGGUUCUGAAUCAUCUCCAAGUAGAACUCCCACUUGUAAGAAGUCACCAGUAAUCACACCAUGUAAUUCAGCAAAACUUCAGCCAACAUCUAGUCAAACAAAUCUUGCAAAUAAUCCAAAUCUGAAAGCGUCUAAGCUCCGUCCCCCUUCAGGCUCUUUCAAACAAAAACAAAUAAGCAACCCCCAACUGGAGCCUCAAAACUUCCAGGCCAAGACAAGCAUCCCAAGACCACUAACUCAACGAAAAGAAAUCAUGCACAAUUCGAAUGGCAGUUUGCAUUCUGGGGAUUGUUUGGCCUCCAGUCGAUAUUCUCGAUAUUCUCAUCUUCCUAAACCAAAGAUUCAUUAAAUACAUAGCCAUCACCUGCCAAUUUGUUUUGUUAAAAAACAAUCUGUCCUUUAAUAGCUUUAUGUGCAGUUUGCUACCAUGGUGGAGGUUUCAUUGAAAGUCUGCAAAUCUUAAAAUUAAAGUGUGGAAGCUUCUACUACUUUGGCCCUUCCAUUUUAUAUCCUGGUUGAAGUACAUACCAUUUGAGUAUACUUGUCUCAGGUAAACACAGAGUUUGCUUACCUAUCUCAGGGGCCUGCCAAAGGCUCUAAUCAUGCUAUCCAUCCCUCUGCACAUCAGAUAAUAUUCCACUUAGCAGGCAAGAAGUGUGCUUUGCUGAUUUAGUCCUGUUAAGGUCUGUAUUAAUUGUGCUUAUCAGAACCUCACUCUUUUUCACUUGUCCCUCCUGUGAAUAUGGCUACUAUUUUCACUAAAGUUGUGGUGAUAAUGGAAGAUGGUAGUCUGUAAGCAGAGUUCUGGCCAGUGUUUUGUGUAUUUAAAAGGUCUAUGCAAAAGCUUUCUGAUGAAUAAAGAUCAGGCUUUUAAUGGGAA